UGCUGGUGGUCAUACAAUGUCUAAUGUCUAUACUAUUUAUCCCCGUAACAACCAAUGGUCAGUCAAUGUCCAGUGUGAUAUGACCACCAAGUGCGGAGGAUGGACGGUUAUACAGAAGCGUGUUGACGGUUCAACCGAUUUCAACAGAACUUGGAAUGAGUACAAGGAGGGAUUUGGUUCAGUUAAUUCAUCUUAUUGGUUGGGAAAUGACAUCAUUCAUCUGUUAACCAAACACAAACCAUCUCUGUACGUGUCCAUUACUCUGACCAGUGGAACCACUCUAUAUCAACAGUACGAGGAAUUCUCCAUAACCGACGAGACAGACAACUACAGACUUUAUCUGAAUGGACCGACCACAGGAACACUAGGUGACAGAAUGUUUGAUACUGGGAUUUAUGACCAAGAUCUGUGCGGGAUGUCAUUUACCACUCUCGACAGACACCACGACAGAUCUGUUAGUAACUGUGCUGUUUUUUGGGGUGGGGGAGGAGGCUGGUGGUAUAAUUACUGUAACUUCGCCAACCUUAACGGUCCGUGGUCCCCAGCAGUGUGGAACAAUCCAUGGUUUCCUACAGUUGUGGCUAGUAAUGAGAUAAAGGAGACUUCCAUGAUGAUAAAGCCUUACUGA